AUGAGCGGCUUCCGUCAAAAGUUCUUCAAACGCAAGAGCGAGCUUCCCACCGCACAGCCCGCCACCCCCACUGCCACAUCCCCUAUACCAGCUACCACGACCGCCGCCGCAGUCGACGACGUUCCCGCUCUUCCAUCGCAGGCCCCCCAAUUGAACGUUCCCGAGCCCAUUUCGCCGUCCGUGUCUCCCGGCGCCACCAACACCAUGUCCCAGACCGUUGGCGACAUCCACCGCGACUUUGCGCCCGCCCAGAGAGGCAACAACCUCGAGGGCGCCACUCUCACUUCGUCGUCCCAGCAGCCCGACUUUAAGGGCGACGAGUACAUUUACUCCGAUGGCGGGCCGUCCGCCGUGCCAAGCUCUUCCACUGGAGCUGGCGCUGGAGCUGGAGCUGGAGCUGGAGCUGGCGCUGGAGCCGGUCCCUCUGGCUUGGCUGGCUCCUCUGGACCCACCGCAGGAGGUCUGUCUUCUGGAGCUGGAGCCGGCGCUGGAGCAGGCGCUGCCGCCGGCGCGGGUUCUCGAUCGGCUCAGCCCACUCAUGCUCUGGACGCCCCCACAGACCCCACUCAGCUCCUCAUCGCCCGUCUCGACAACUGGAGAGCCACCGUGGCAUUCUUGAUCGAGUACAUUAACAUUGCCUCGUCGCAGCAGAAGCACCAGGUCGGCUACCUCGAGAAGACCCGCAAGGCCCUUUCUGAGGUGCCCCGCUUCGACGGCGGAGUCUCCUCCGAGCCUGGAACCCCCUCGACCCCUACCCAGCAGCACGGCUUCCAGCAGUCGCUCCGAGGCGGCCUCCCCAACCGAAGCAACGCCCAGACCGCCAAAAACAAUCCCACCCCCACCGGCGUGCACCAGGCCAAUCCCGAGGCCAUUGGCGUGACUCCCGCGCUAUCCAACAUAGCCACCCGACUGGACACCCUCAUUAACCUCGCCACACAGUCUGAGCAGAACCUCAAGACUUCCGUGCUGCCGUCGUUGGAGGAGCUCGAGGACGAGAUUGAGAAGCACAUCAAGACUCUCAAGCACUCGACCCUCAAGCAGUCACAAGAGGUCGAAAAGGUGCGAAGCAAGACCCACCGUUCCAUCGAGACCUUGGGUCAGUCGACCGCCGGCUUCACAGGCCUGCAGCAGUCGGCCAAGCACGACCCUUACGUGCUCAAGCGAGCCACUCUGGCCCAGGUCGGUGACCAGCUCAACCGUGAGAACGCUCUGUCCGACUCGCUGCUGUCUGUGCAGAACAACAUCAAGUCGUUCGAGCGACACAUUGUGCAGGUGAUCCAGCGUGCCGUCCAGCUGUCGUCGGAGAUCCUCUCUGGCUACUUUGCCAACGCCCACGACUCAUACGUGUCCUUUUCCGAGCGGUUUGCCGCUAUUCCCGAGGACUUUGAGUGGGACGAGUUUGCCCAGCGGGAGAAGCACCAGCUGGUCGACCCCCAGAAGGCCAAGCGGUCGUUGGACUCGGUCACUUUCCCCAACUCGGACAACCCCGCCGCCCAACCUCUGGUGUCUGGUAUCUUGCAGCGAAAGGAGGGCCACAUUGUCAAGAACUACACCUCGGGCUUCUACGUGCUUACCCGAUCGGGUUUCCUGCACGGCUAUGCCUCUGAGGAUCCUCUGAUUGAGCCUAACCCCAACUUCUCGCUCUACGUUCCUGACUCUACCAUUGGUCCUCUUCCUCCUCGAGGAGGAGACCUCAAGCUCAAAAUCAAGGGCAAGGACACGUCUUCCACCAUUCCCACCAAGAAGACCAUUACUCUCAAGGCUGCCACCUACCAGGAGCUGCAGCUGUGGUACGACGCCUUCCUCAAGGUCAGCGGAGGAAAGACCAACUUUUCCUCUGCCGACUUUGAGGACGAGCCUGAGGAGCACGCUGCUGGUCUCGGAGCUGCUGGCGCUGCAGGUGCCGCAGGUGCCGGGGCUGGCGCUGGGGCUGGAGCCGCUGGAGCUGCCGGUCAAUACGCUGAACAGCCCGGUGCUUCUGCCGCUCAGUACGCUGAGCCUGCUACCGGUGCUGCUGGUGCCGUUCCUGCUUCCGCUGCCCAAUACGCUGAGCCCGCUACCUCUGCUGCUCCUGCUGCUCAGCAGUAUGAGCCCACUCAGCAGUUUGAGCCCUCUCAGCAGUCAUAUGAGCCUCAGUACGAGCCCACCGCUGGCUCUUCCGUGCCCGGUGGUGCUGCUGCUGCCGGUGCCGCCUCUGGCGGUGCUGCUGCUGCUGGUAUUGCCCCUGUGUCUUCUGGAGUGCACACCAUUCCCGAGGAGGAGGAUGCCGGAGCCGGAUUCGACGGCACCCACCGGGCUGAGUACACGCCUGAGCCCGUUGAUCCCGGCUUCAACGCCCCCGCUGGCGGCUCUGCGCAGCUCCAGGAUGGCCAGGUGACUGACCAUGGAGCUCUGCAGGGCAAAUACGGCGACGUUGAGGACGUCACCCAGGGUCUGCAGCAUUCUUCAUUGGACCCCGGCCGUGCUCCUCUGGCUCCCGGAGCUUCUGCUCCUCUUGAGGGUGGCUCGCAUCUGGAUCCCGGUCGAGUUGGUUCUCCUGCUCUUUCCACCGACGCUGUCCAGGGUUCGCUUCCUGGCACUCCUGGCCCUGGCCAGUUUUAA